AUGCGUAGAGAGAUCUCGUUUUUGUUACAGCCCAGGUGCCUCCUUCUCCUGGUUGCCCUCACGAUUUUCCUCGUCUUCGCGCUCUCCCACACCGGCAAAGAGGAGGAUAAGCAAGUAAUCGAAGAUCAUGAAAUCACACACAGGGUAUUUCUCGAUGUUGAUAUCGAUGGCCAACGCUUAGGCAGGAUCGUUAUUGGACUAUAUGGCAGUAUUGUACCCAAAACUGUAGAAAAUUUCAGGUCUUUAUGCACAGGAGAGAAAGGAAAAUCUUCAAGUGGGAAGCCUCUACAUUACAAAGGAACACCGUUUCAUCGUAUAAUAUCUGGAUUCGUAAUCCAAGGAGGAGACAUAAUCCAUGGUGAUGGAAAAGGAAGCGAGUCAAUUUACGGUGGUACCUUCCCUGACGAAAAUUUCAAGAUAAAGCAUUCACAUGCAGGUGUUGUAGCGAUGGCUAAUACAGGACCUGACUCUAAUGGGUCACAGUUCUUUAUCACCACUGUUAAAGCUAGCUGGUUGGAAGGAGAACACGUGGUGCUGGGGAAGGUGAUACAAGGAAUGGACAAUGUGUUCGCCAUUGAAGGUGGAGCUGGAACUUAUAGUGGCAAACCGAGGAAGAAAGUUGUGAUUGCAGAUUCUGGAGAGAUUCCUAAAGAGAAAUGGGAUGAAGAAAGAUGA